AUGGCCACCGCGCCUCCCGCCGAUCACCGCCGCGCCGAUUCCGAUAGCUCCUCCGACACUUCCGUCUAUCACGACGCGCACCUCGACGGUAACGCCAACGGCAGCAGCAGCUCCUCUUCAGGGUUUACGGAGCGGCGUGUGUCGAUAGAAGCCUCCGGAGGAGAAUCGUGGAACGCCGGAACCGGAAACGGAAACGGAACCUCGUCGGGUUCGAGUUCCGGUCCGACGAGUCCGAAAUUGAGCCAGAGUCAGUCGUUAGCUCUAUAUCUAACCAGAUUCUUCGACGAGAAAAUUCCUUUCAGAAAAAAGCUUAAACAUAUAGACCGAGUGGCCACGGUUGCGGAUAACGGAACUGUACAUUUCGACGUUCCGGGGGAUGUUAAGCCGCAGUUGCUGGAUUUCGGAACCGGAGUUGUUUAUGACGAGGAGAGUUCCAGUGCAACAGGAGAUGAGGUGCCUGAUGUACCUCCGCUGCAAAUUGUAAUGCUGAUUGUUGGUACGAGAGGAGAUGUUCAGCCAUUUGUUGCUAUUGGCAAAAAAUUGCAGGAAUAUGGCCAUAGGGUUAGGCUAGCAACUCAUGCAAAUUUCAAAGAUUUUGUCCUUACUGCUGGGUUGGAGUUCUUUCCUUUAGGUGGGGACCCAAAAGUUCUUGCUGAAUAUAUGGUCAAGAAUAAAGGUUUCUUGCCAUCAGGACCUUCAGAAGUAUCCAUUCAGCGGCAGCAAAUAAAAGAAAUAAUUUUUUCUUUACUUCCUGCUUGCAAGGAACCUGAUCCUGAUUCCAAAGUCCCAUUUAAAGCUGAAGCAAUAAUUGCCAAUCCGCCGGCAUAUGGGCACUCUCAUGUUGCUGAGGCACUAAGAAUACCACUUCAUAUUUUUUUCACAAUGCCAUGGACGCCUACCAGUGAAUUCCCUCAUCCUCUCUCCCGUGUCAAGCAACCUAUUGGAUAUAGACUAUCAUAUCAAAUAGUCGAUGCAUUAAUUUGGCUAGGAAUUCGAGACAUGAUAAAUGAGUUUAGGAAGAAAAUGCUGAAGCUGAGACGUACCACAUAUUUAAGUGGAUACUAUAGUACUCCUCCUGACGUUCCCUAUGGGUACAUAUGGAGUCCUCAUCUUGUUCCCAAACCUAAAGAUUGGGGGCCUAAGAUUGAUGUUGUUGGGUUUUGUUUUCUUGACCUUGCUUCAAAUUAUGAGCCUCCUGAUUCACUUGUGAAGUGGCUUGGAGCUGGUGAACAGCCUGUCUAUGUUGGAUUUGGUAGCCUUCCUCUUCAAGAACCAGAGAAAAUGACCAAUAUUAUUAUUGAAGCUCUAAAGAUUACUGGACAGAGGGGCAUUAUCAACAAAGGCUGGGGUGGCCUUGGUAAUUCGGUAGAAACAACGGAUUCUGUGUACUUGGUGGACAAUUGCCCUCAUGAUUGGCUCUUCCUACGAUGCUCUGCCGUGGUACAUCAUGGAGGUGCUGGGACAACUGCUGCUGGUUUGAAAGCUGCGUGUCCAACUACAAUCGUGCCAUUCUUUGGAGACCAGCCAUUUUGGGGUGAGAGGGUGCAUGCCAGAGGAGUAGGUCCUGCACCAAUCCCCGUUGAUGAGUUCACACUUGAAAAAUUGGUUGAUGCCAUACGGUUCAUGUUAGAUCGAAAGGUUAAAGAGCGUGCUGUUGAAAUUGCCAAAGCAAUGGAGAAUGAAGAUGGGGUCGCCGGAGCAGUGAAGGCCUUUCAUAAGCACUUUCCUAGCAAUAAAUCUCAGUAUGAGUUGAUGCCGGCACGGAAAGGGCAUUUUUCUAUCAGGCGAUGUUUUGGCUACUCCUAUUCAUGAUUCUCAUUCACGAUCUCAUGCAUCAAUACGUUGGCUGGUCUUUGUUUUGAUUUGCCAAUUCCAUGGCUGUCAUCGCCUUCUCCCCGUCACGCCGAAGUAUGCAGUGAAUCAUCAAAAUCAACACUUCAGUGCAGUCGUGUCGAUUCGUUAUUAUUAUUUUCGGGUCAAAUUGUGAGUUUCCAACUUCAAAUUGGCAUAGGGUAUUAUUCAAAAGGACUAGCUGAUUAGAAAUUAAAUAAGAUCAGAAUCAUGUAUUAUUACAACUGAACAACAAGUAUACACCCGUUAUGAUUAUAAACUUGUACUGCACUCUGCUCUUCGGCCUC